GCCAGCAGAAGGACCACCAGGAGGGCCAGCAACAGGGCCAACACUAGGACCAGGAGGGCCACCAGCAGGACCAGGAGGGCCAGCAACCGGACCAGGAGGGCCAGCAGCCGGACUAGCUGGACAAGGAGGGCUAGCAGCAGCAGGAGCCGCGACGGCGAUGGCUGGGCCACAGAAAGGCGGGCUGAGCCAGGAAGAGAAGGAGCUGCUGGACGUCAUCGCCCAAGGCAACAUGCAAGAGGCCGGAAGACUUUUAGGCAGCAAGAAUGUCCGAGUCAACUGUUUAGAUGAGCAUGGGAUGACUCCCCUGAUGCACGCAGCAUAUAAAGGGAAGAUCGACAUGUGCCGGCUGCUGUUGCGACACGGAGCGGACGUCAACUGCAACGAACACGAGCAUGGCUAUACCGCCCUGAUGUUUGCCGGGCUCUCAGGCAAUAAGGAAAUCACAUGGGUGAUGUUGGAAGCUGGAGCAGAGACAGAUGUCGUCAAUUCGGUUGGAAGAACAGCGGCUCAGAUGGCUGCCUUUGUCGGGCAACAUGAUUGUGUGACGGUGAUCAACAACUUCUUUCCUCGAGAAAGGCUGGACUAUUAUACCAAGCCCCAAGGACUGGAUAAAGAGCCCAAGCUGCCCAUCAAGUUGGCUGGGCCCCUACACAGGAUUAUCACUACAACAAACCUGCAUCCUGUAAAGAUCGUGCUGCUUGUGAAAGAGAAUCCUCUCUUGGCUGAAGCAGAAGCACUGACAAAAUGCUACCGGGUGCUGGAUCUGAUUUGUGAGAAAUGCAUGAAACAAAGAGAUAUGAAUGAAGUCUUGGCUAUAAAAAUGCACUACAUCAGUUGUGUGUUCCAGAAGUGCAUUAACUUCUUGAAAGAACGUGAGGGUUCGCUGGAUGUUCUAAUCAAAAGCUUGUUAAAAGGCAGAGACGUAGAUGGCUUUCCUGUGUAUCAAGAAAAGCUCAUUCGAGAGUGCAUUCGAAAGUUUCCUUAUUGUGAAGCUACCCUCCUCCAGCAGCUUGUGAGAAGUAUUGCACCAGUAGAAAUUGGAUCUGACCCUACUGCUUUCUCUGUCCUUACUCAAGCCAUCACUGGCCAAGUGGGAUUCGUGGAUGUGGAAUUUUGUACCACAUGUGGCGAAAAGGGAGCCGAUAAACGGUGUUCAGUGUGCAAGAUGGUGAUCUAUUGUGAUCAGAACUGCCAGAAGACACACUGGUUUACCCAUAAAAAAGUCUGCAAGAUACUGAAGGAAUCAUAUGAAAAGCAAGAGAAAGAAGCUGCCAGGGAAAAAAAGCGGCAAGAAAAGAGGCAGAAGAAAGACGAAGCACUGGCCGUAGAUUCCUCGUCCAAAAACGAAGAAAGGUCAGAUUCCGAGCCAGGACUUAGGAAAGAGGAUUCUGCGACUGAAGAAAAAGAGAAAAUUAAAGAAUCUCUUCAGCCUGCGUUUGUGUCCGAAAGCGAAAGCAGUGUAGAUGCUAUUUCUGGAGACGUGCGGCUAUCAGAAGAGUAAGGAGGAUUUAGCUGAUGGCUUCAAAAGGUGCAGUCAGUUAGAAGAUCCAUGUGUCAUCUCCUUGUCGCUGCAUGACAAACCUAAGGCAGUAAACGUCAGUCUUGAUUGUAGUUAUCACUUUAGGCGUCCCUCCUGAGGUGUGUCUAGACAGGCUCACUGUGUCAUGACAAACCAUCUCAGGUAUCUGCAUCUGAUCCUUGGACAAGAAGCCAUUACAGUGGGAACAUCCGAACCAUGUGGACUAUCUUUGUUCUUCUGAGGUAAAAGGAGAGAUAAUGAGACUUUUUGAUUUAAUGAUUGGUAAACAAGACUUGAUGAGAAAUUGUCUUUCAGAGUCUUCUGGGAGCUAAUCAGUUCGUGACGGUCUCCUGCCAACUUCACCUGAAAUUCACCUUGCAACUUCCAAGUUUCCAAGGUUUCUAUUUACAGCUUUUCCUUUUUCUCAUGAGUUUGCUUCCAUACAACAACGUUCACCUUAUAGUUAACGUUCCGUCAGCCUAGUUAUGCCAUCUCUAUGACCUAGAUAUGUCCCUUGCACUGACUGUGAAAUUCUUUUCAUAUAAAUAAAUAAUAUUUACUUUGGGAUCUAUU